AUGUGUGCUUCACUUGGUAUCCCCUCUGCUCUUCAGGCAGCACCGAGGUCGGAUGCUGUGGGGCCGCUGAACGAUGCCGAGCUGCGGGCAGCCCUGAACGUGCUGCGGUGUUACGACCUGCACUCGAUCGUGGAGGAGUGGUUCAUCGAGGUGCUGCAGACCGACCUGCAGGCAAAUAUAGCUCCCGAGUUCUGGAACUGCAUCGGGCAGUAUGAAAACACGGCUGAGGAGCCCCAGUGCUUCGCGCUCCUUCUGGACGCGUUUUGUCUUCUCAAGUGCCGCCUGGACCCCUACCUGAACAGCCUGGAGCUUCUGGAGAGGUGGACCAAGGCGGGCUUGCUGCUGGGGACAGGCGCUCAGAUGCUGCAGGAGAAGGUCUACACCAUGUUCAAAGCUAUCCUCUUCUUCUCCACUACCAAGUCCUUCCAGGAGAUGAUCCAGCAGUUCUACAGCCGCACUUUCAGGAUAUACAUGCGGCAGUGGAAGAAAGGAGAGGAUGGAAUGAACGAGUGCGAGAGCAGCAUGAGCGAGACCGAGCAGGAGAGUGACACGGAGGACGGCGGAGGAGAGAGCCCGCUGUGCGCGGGCUGCAGCAGCAAGAGAGAGCAGUGCUGGUGCCCCAAAGCUAUGGAGCAGUUUCAGCAGCUCAAUGACAUCCUCCGCCGGCUGAAUUUGCUGGAGAGGGUGAGCGCCGAUGCCGUCACGACCAUCUUGCACCGCAUGAUAGAGGAGAGGAUGGAGCAGCGCUGCCGGGGGGAGUACGAGCACUCCUUCCUGAACGAGUUCCAGGAGUGGAUUGAGAAAGUGAUCGACUGGCUCAGCAGGGUUUUCCUGCAAGAUGGUCCCUUGGCGCGCUCCUCUCCAGAAGCCAGCAGCACCCUGAAGCGCUGGCGGUGCCACGUCCAAAGGUUCUUCUACCGCAUCUACGCCAGCAUGCGCAUUGAAGAGCUCUUCAGCAUUAUUCGAGAUUUCCCAGAGUCAAAGCCUGCUGUGGAGGACCUCAAGUUCUGCCUGGAAAGGACUAAUCAGAGGCAGCAGCUGCUCAGCUCCCUGAAAAGUGCACUGGAAAUGCGACUUCUGCACCCUGGAGUCAACACAUCCGACAUCAUCACUCUCUAUAUCUCGGCCAUCAAGGCCUUACGGGAGCUUGAUCCCUCCAUGGUUAUCCUGGAGGUCGCCUGCGAACCCAUCAGGAAGUAUCUGAGGACUCGGGAGGACACGGUGCGGCAGAUCGUGGCCGGUCUCACAGGGGAUGCUGAGGGCUCUGGUGAUCUUGCAAACGAGCUCUCAAAAGCUGACCCAGUGACCCUGGAGAACGGCCAGGAGAGCGACGAUGACAUUGCAGAACCAGAGGACUGGGUUCCUGACCCGGUUGAUGCAGAUCCAGGGAAAUCAAGUUCCAAGCGUCGGUCCUCGGACAUCAUCAGCCUGCUGGUGAGCAUCUAUGGCAGCAAGGACCUCUUUAUCAAUGAAUACCGCACGCUUCUGGCUGACCGGCUGCUGCAUCAGUUCAACUACAGUGCUGAGAGGGAAAUCCGCAACGUGGAGCUGCUGAAGCUGCGGUUUGGUGAAGCUCAGAUGCACUAUUGUGAAGUCAUGUUAAAAGAUAUGGCUGACUCGCGGCGCAUUAAUGCCAACAUUCGUGAUGAGGAAGAAAAGCUCCCGGAGGAGGAGAGGCCACCGUUCAGCCUUGUUGCCGUUAUCCUGUCAAGUGAGUUCUGGCCACCGCUGAAAGAGGAGAAGCUGGAGCUUCCAGAGCAGGUCAAGGAAGCCAUGGAAGCCUAUUCCAAGAAGUACGAGAAAUUGAAG